CUGCGUACUGUAGAAAGAGGCUACCGAAUUCAGUUCGGCUCGUCUCCACCUCGUUUUUCUGGGGUUCUUCCCACUGUGGUGGGUCCCGAGCAGGCUCUGGUUUUGGAGCAGGAAGUACGUACUCUCCUGAGGAAGGAGGCCAUCGAGGUGGUCCCUCCUCACGACAGAGAGUCAGGGCUCUACAGCCGGUACUUCUUUGUUCCCAAGAAGGGGGGAGGGCUGCGUCCCAUUUUGGACUUGCGGCAAUUGAACCUCUCAGUCGCUCGACUGAAGUUCAGGAUGCUUACGGUCACUCAGGUCGUGUCUCAGAUCAGGUCCGAGGACCGGUUCGUCACGAUCGACCUAAAAGAUGCGUAUUUCCACAUCUCCAUCCUUCCCCCGCACAGGAAGUUCCUGAGGUUCGCUUUUGGGGGCGAAGCUUACCAGUAUCAGGUUCUUCCCUUCGGCCUAGCACUCUCACCCCGCACCUUCACGAAGUGCGUGGAUGCUGCCCUGGCUCCUAUGCGACUACAGGGCAUCCGCAUACUGAACUAUAUCGACGACUGGUUGAUUUUAGCUCUGGGCCUAUUGGCAGCUGCGUCCAACGUGAUACCGUUUGGCCUGCUGCACACGAGACCCCUACAGUGGUGGCUCAAGACCAGGGGGUUUUUCCGAAACAAAGGAAACCCGCUCCGCAUGAUCAAGGUCACGCGGCGAUGCCGCCGUGCCUUAGCUGUGUGGAGAGAACCUGGGUUCUUGUCUCAGGGCCCGGUCCUGGGAGCUCCUGGUCGCCGCGUAGUGCUAGCAACGGAUGCGUCCCUCACCGGAUGGGGAGCAGUCAUGAGUGGCCGUCCUGCCCGUGGUCUGUGGAGCGGCCGCCAUCUCACUUGGCACAUCAACCGCCUGGAGAUGCUGGCCGUGUUUCUAGCUCUGAAACACUUUCUCCCAGACCUAAGAGGCCGCCACGUGUUGGUGCGCACCGACAACACGACGGUGGUCUCUUACAUCAACCGCCAGGGAGGUCUGCGUUCACGCCCCCUUUACAGGCUGGUGCUCCAGAUCCUUUUGUGGUCCCAAGGGAACCUCCUCUCAUUGAGAGCGGCCUACAUCCCUAGUCAUCUCAACGUGGGAGCGGACGCCCUGUCGAGGCAGGGGCCGGUGCCCGGGGAAUGGAGACUCCACCCCGAGGUGGUGGAGCUCAUAUGGCGUAUGUUCGGCAGAGCCCAGGUGGAUCUGUUUGCGACGCAGGAGACGUCGCACUGUCCCCUUUGGUUCUCUCUGAUUCAUCCAGCUCCUCUUGGACUGGAUGCCAUGGUACAGCCGUGGCCGAGGCUGCGUCUGUACUCCUUUCCUCCGGUCGCUCUGCUCCCGGGAGUUCUGGAGAGAGUGCGCCGGGACGGAAUUCGUCUACUGUUAGUAGCCCCGUUCUGGCCGGGCCGAGUAUGGUUCUCGGACCUGAUUUCCCUCCUAGAAGGCUCCCCAUGGGAGAUUCCGAUCAGGAGGGAUCUCCUCUCACAGGCGGGGGGCCAUCUUCACCCCCGCCCGGAGCUGUGGAAGCUGUGGGUGUGGCCUCUGAGGGGGCACAACUCCGCGCUUCCGGUCUCUCAACCGAGGUUGUGGAGACCAUCCUCCAGUCCAGAGCUCCCUCUACGAGGAAACUGUACGCCCUGAAGUGGAACCUUUUCACUUCCUGGUGCGGAGACCGCCGGCUUGACCCUGUUCACUGCCCAGUUGGUACAGUGCUGGAGUUCUUGCAGGCCCGCCUCUCCGCGGGACUGACCCACUCCACCCUGAAGGUGUACGUGGCGGCUAUUGC